GACGACCACCGACGAGCGAAACUUCAGAUCCAGCUACUACGAGAAAUGCCUGAUCAACAGCGUCGAGGAGAAGAAGUCGCUGAACAAACUGCUCCAGGAUGACAUCCGCAACCUGAACAAGCUGAAGCAGUUCUGCAUGAACUACACGGUGCCGAAUAUUCACAGGGGUUACCUGUGGGCCCUGGUAAUGGGCAUUCUGCCGCUCCACAAGGCCUCCACAGCCUAUAUACGCGACCAGAGGCGCGAGAUGUACGAAGAUCUGCUGCGUGCCGUCGUGGUGCUCCGGUGUGCCGAGCAGAAGGAGAAGGAGCUGGUCAUGCACACAAUGUGGCUGCUGGAGUCCAAUCGCCUGUGGCACGGGAAUGCCAAUGCCAGUCUCCAGGCGGACGACAUGCACUUUAUCGAGAUUGUGCGCACCCUGCUGCAGAUAUUCAACGACGACGUGGAGACCUACUGGAUUGCCAAGGGAUUCUACAAGUACACCCGCGAACUGAAGAAGGAGUGCGUCAAGCUGAAGGAGCAGACGCAGAUUAUGCUCAAGAGGGAGGAUCAGUCACUGUUCAACCACCUGGAGGAGCUGGGCCUGUUUGAUGGCCACUCAACGCUGCUGGACAACUGGUACAUUACCUGCUUUGCUGGCGUCAUCUGCGAGACUGUCUUGGUCAAGAUCUGGGACAAAGUCUGCGGCGGCUCCCGCAAAAUAGUCGUUUUCCUGUUCGUCGAACUGGUCAAGGACAUAAAGUCCCUGAUACUCAAGCAGAAAACGCUGCCAGACGUGAAAAGACUGAUAGAAACGGUUAAGGAUCUCGAUGGCGUCAUCGUAAACAAGGCCAUCAAAUCGCUGCAGAACAACAGCAGCGAAGUCGAGUACACUCACUAAGUAAAUCUACAUCAUUUUUAUAUAUUGG